UGCACAUAAAACAGUGGGGAGGUGCUCUCUCCCCUCUGCAAGCUUUGGCGCUCCACAUAGGCCUACAUGGAUGGGCACGGAGCCCUCAGAACAACAUCCAAACACGACUAACGCAUGCAAGUAAUUUAUUCUUUUGAUGAAAGUGGUCCGAACUGAAAUGUAGUUUUCUACAGUAUAGCUAGGACUACAAAAUCUUCCCAUUGAGAGGCUGCAUUUUCAACCCUCACAUAACACACAUGUGCCCUGAAGCACAUACUUUUGGGGUCUUUUCAUUUCACCAUGGUGGUUAAAAAGCACAACUUCAAAAAGGCUUAUUCUAAGUUUUCACAAACAGAAAGACUUUUAUAUUCAGGUGAUUAUACUCUAGGUUAAAUUUACUCAUAAAUAUCAUGUUCCAUUUUUACCCAGUGUGUUCUGCUAAAUACUGCUAAGCUCUGCACACUGCACCUUCAAUAUAUAAGGGACAGUAAACCAAACAAGAAACAGGAAUCUCUGAGUCUCUCUGUUUACAUCAACAAGUAAAUAAAGAGACUCAAGCCAACAAUGGGAUCAAACAACAAUACUGCACACUCAUCUCUGCCACAGGAGAGUCAAAGUGAGCUGAUUAAAGCAACACAAGCAGUUUGUAGAUAGAAAUGAUUUUUUUCCCUAUUUGGUUCAUUUGAACUACAGCUAAGACAAUGAUGGCCUCAUCUUGACUGUGACUCAGGCUGUCAUAAAUACGUUUAAUAACAGUAUAAUCCUAUUGAUCCUGCCUCCCUACAGCACUGCAACUAUAAUCCCAUACAGUGUUAUUUUCACUUGCAUGUUCUCAGUGUCCCUUCACAACAUCCCUAAGUGGUAUUAUAGUGGAAAUAUAUUCUCUCAUCUUAAAUUGAUUAGUUAAUGAAUGGAUGGUAAACUGCCUGGAAAGAAGAAAUCAUCACGUGUGGUGUGCUUGCUGUAGCUCCACUUCCAACCUAUACAGUAUAAUAUAAAUUGUGUUUGUUGAUGUAGGAGAACUGGUAUCUGAGCUGUGUUAAAUGUGAUGAGAAUUUAAAAAUUAUGGUGUUAAAUUUUGAGAGAAAUCUAGUGUUAAAUUAUGAAUCUUAAGGCACAUGUAGCCAAUAAUGUUUCCUAUUUCCUACUUUUUUUCCCCCACACAGGUAAAUAAUCAAUGUCAUUCUUCCAUGCCUUUCCAGUGCAGAUGUUAAAUGGCAAACCUGAGACUCUUUGGCCAAAGGUAGGUAGGUAGGUAGGUUGAAUUUAUUGUCCCCGUGAGGAAAUUCAUUUGCAGUAAGUUAAAAACAUGCACAAAGACAGCACACAUACACAUUUCCAUACACUGUCCCAUAUAAAACAAAACGACUCAGAAAAGACAAUAUAAAAUACCACUGUACUGUACUUUGUCAAUUCAAAAAAGUAAAAAAGUAUUUCAAUAAAUAGUCUUUGAAUAGUGUAUCUGUGCUCAGACCCGCUGAACCAGUAUCUAAAAAUAAAAAAAUAAGAAUAAAGCUGCCCGCAAUCUAUUUUAGUUUGUUCAAUUGUAAAAUCACCUGUGGUACAAACGGCCGCCUGGACCUGUUCUUGACAUGGGGACUAUUAUGACAAAGCUGAUUGUGCUUUUGAUAUAUGUUGCACCUCUGAGGCAUUCAUAUUGUGCUGCCUAUGCUUUAGGUUCAGGUCAGUCCACCUGUCAUAAUAGUCCCCGUGUCAAUCAAAGCAAGUUUGCUGAUCGGACACUGGCCUGUUUUCCUAUUGGGCCCUGGACUCUAAUAGGAUCCCAGGGACUCUGCGGAGGGAUUAUGGCUCCAAACUCUCAACUUUGACCAGUCUCUGUGUCCUCCAACCAUGGCCACAGCAAUUUAGAUUUUUUUUUUACCAUAUGCACUGAUCCAUAGAAGUGCCAUCUAAAGGCACCAUCUCACCAAGAGGAAGAAAUAAUUGGUGUCAGCUUGAAGGAGGGGCCAGCACUGGGUUAUUACCAAUUAAACCUGUCAUCUCUGGGAAGAAAAAGGAAUAUCUCCUCUCUGUUUUAACUUCAACUUCUGGAUAAACCUUUAGCACAGAUUUGGAUGACAAAUUUUCAGGACAAUUUCAGCACAAGAGGAAACUUUGUGGUUUUUUGUUUGUAAUUGACUGUGUCCUUUACCAGUGAGGGGAUCUCCUUCCUUUUUUCUAAUGGAACAAUUUCACAAAGCUCAACCUUAUCUGAAAUAUCAACAAGUUCAAGACCUGCAUUGACACCUAUUUUCUGCAAUACAGAGACCACUAUCUCAGGAUCUGUCACGUGUGUCUCCGUACAUGCUGCUGACCCCACUGGACUAACAGGGGCACAUUUAUGAGCAUAACUCACUGAUCUCACUGAAGUCUAUUCUGUGAUUUGUCUUCCUUUUCUGUUUGGUUUUUGUGUCGGUCUGUGCGUUGCAGUGAGCCAUGAGGCUGCUGAAGAUGAAGUUCACCCAGCAGAGGCAGGUGCGUCUGGCUCAGGGUCUGUGGCUGCUGUCCUGGCUGGCUGUGAUGUGCGGCAUCUUUGUCUUUUUUCUGGGACUUUACCUGAAGGCAGAGCUGCUCCGAAGGGCUGAGGUAGAGAUGGAAAAAUGUACAGGCGCAAAUAAACUUGAUAUGAACAGAGAAGCGCUAUCUGCUUAUGCUGCUUAUCAGUCAGUGACAUUGAUUCACUUUCUCUACAGCUUAAUACACAAAUGCAAACACGAAGCACGAAUACAACUCACAUAUGAGAAUGCAUGUGCUAAAAUGCCUAAAGAGGAGUCAAAUGUACCCGGAAUUUGAGUCACAUGACCAGCAGGUGAAGGUCAGGACUUCUAAAGGACUGAUGCAUGUGUUCAUGUCAAGUGGCCAUUGGGUUGGAUUGAUUGGUCAUCGAUGUGCAUAGAUUGGGUGUGUUGACAUCUCGCGGCUGCACAGGAAAGCUUCAGGCCCUGAACACAUGCAUUCAGAUAUUUAUUGAUCCACUGUGAGAUAACCAGAAUCCAUGAUCUCUCACUUGUGUACCAAAGUGUCAUUUGGUGCAUCAGAUAAUUGAUCUGUCAGAGACAUUUCAGUUUCUUGUAUUUCAUCAUCAUAGUGACAACAUAAGAGUUCGAGGGACGCACCUGUUGGCAGUAUUUACAGGAGUUUAAUUCUUACUUGUACUUGUUGGACUAACCCAUCAUCCAGUCACCUUGUUUGCCCCUUAUUCACUGAACUUUAACAACUGCUCAACAGAAUUGAUUAGUCAACAUGAAGCAGAAAUCAUUUUUAAUUAUUUCUUUAGUUAUUUUCUGGGUGGGCAGAUAUAACAGGAUGAUAAGGUUAGAAGGUGACGGCUGGGUUAUGUUUUUAAUGGUAAUUUGAAAACAACAAAGUUGCUUUUUUAUGGCUGAUAGACUUCCUAAAAGUCAGCCAUUAAUUAACUCAAUCUAUAAUUGACUGAUGCAACAGAAAGGGUGAUGAAUUAAAGUUGUCUUCAUUUUACCAUAGCAGUUUUUGCAGUAGCAGCUAAUUGAGCACUCGGCUGCUGUGGUCCUCUUUAGGACAGAUAAGACUAAUUGAAUACCGGAUUAUGACCUAUGAGAGUGAGUAAAGGAAAUGACAAAGUGACCUACAGUUGGCUGCACAUCCCAUAUGCUGCUUCCAUCCUUGACUCUGCUCUUCUUUUCUCGAGGUGAUGGACAACUCAGAGAUCCACGUGGUGCCCAACAUCCUGAUGAUGGUGGGCCUGGCCUCCAUUGGCACCAACUGGGUUGCCAGUCGUGUGUGUCAGGACUCCUUGGACAUGAGUCGCUUCCCUCGCUGGAAAGCUUUCCUGCUGGCUUGGUUUGUUGUAGCCACCCUGCUGUGUUUCCUUCUCCUUACUGUGGUGGUGCUCAGCUAUGCUCUGCAGGGAAGCCUGGAGGAGUCCCUGAAGGUGGGAUCAUUUGGAUUUGUCAUGAAUAGACGCGACAGAAUGGGACCCUAUCUCACUUUAGUUUUGGUAACUGAAGGGGGAAGCCAUCUGCUUAUGUUUACAACAUAAAGGACAAAAAUGACUAUGUUUUUGUUUGUUUGUUUGUUUGUUUGUUUGUUUGUUUUAAGCAAAGAACAGUUGUACUGAAUGACUGCAGUUUUUUUCAGGAUGAAAAUUAAGAUUAAGAAACAUAUGUUGUGCUUUUUAUUUCUACCUGUAAUUUCAAACAUAUUUGAGAGGAUAUUUGGUCCAGUUUUGGGGAAGGACUCAAGAUUUCCUAUUUGUUUAAAUGUUGCAUCGGAUUCAGAAAAAUUACCCCUCAAAACGAAGAGACUCAAGGCUUUUGCUGCAAUUUUUUUUGGGAUGUACUGUGUAGUUAAUCUUCCCUUUCCCUCCUUCCCUUCUCUCUCCUGGCUGUCAGGUGGGUUUGAGGAAUGGAAUUCGUUUCUACAAGGACACAGACGUGCCGGGCCGCUGUUUUCAGAAAGAGACCAUUGAUCACCUGCAGAUGGAGUUUCGUUGUUGUGGAAACAACAACUUCAGGGAUUGGUUUGAGGUUCAGUGGGUGAGCAACAGAUACCUGGACUUCACCUCCAAGGACAUCAAAGAGUGAGUUCAUCACGAUGCAGGAGAAAAGCACACUGAAGUAGGAAAAGGUGGAAAUUGAGGACUAAGUGAGUGUUAGAGAAGUAGACUUAACAUUCAAAAAGGUCAAACAGUAUGAAAUAGAAGAAGGAUGAAGGGAUGCUGGGAGAAAAAAGAUGACGUGAAGAAAGCAGGAGAGUGUAUUAAAUAUAGAUGUGGCCUUUACUCUUGAAGAGAAAGGCAGAAAUGGAUGGAAAGGUGGUUAUACGAAGUGAGCAGAGAAAGGUUAGUCAAAGAUGAAGUAAGAAAAAAGGAUGAGAUAACAGAAAGGUUAUGACAUGAAGGCUCUUAAUGGAGGCUCUGCUCAUUCCUCACUAAUAUAGAGGCUGUAUUAAACUCAAGCAAAGGCCAUUAGUCUCUCUGAAUGUAAAAUUUUCUGUGCUUUACCUCCAGGAAAUUGAUUAAAUCCCCCUUUAUUCUGCUCCCAUCAUCUGUUUCCCCCCUUUUUCUCUAUCCAGCCGCAUCAGGAGUAAUGUGGACGGCCGUUACCUAUUAGAUGGUGUCCCUUUCAGCUGCUGUAACCCCGCCUCCCCUCGCCCCUGCCUGCAGUACCGCCUAACAGAUAACAGCGCCCACCACAGCUAUGACUACCAAUCAGAAGAGCUCAACCUGUACAACCGCGGCUGCAGGAAAGCUCUGAUCGAUUACUACAUGGGCUUGAUGAAUUCAACUGGCCCUGGUGUGCUGUCCGUCAUCCUAAUACAGGUGGGACACAUGAGGGUGUAAAAAUCACUCUUCAAAAACAUGGGUAACAUGGGAGAAGACAUCUGUGGAACAUAUUUUCUUUAUUGUAUAUAAAAAAUGAUGUGCAUGUGUUUCCUGCCACAAUGUGGGGAGACAGUACUUCACAUUUAUUAAAAUUACACACACACAUAGUCACAGAAUACCCCACAAAAUUUGCAUUAUGGUUGUUAAUAGAUUGUUGUGCCAACUAAACGGGAGAAAAAUUGUUCAGUUGAUUUCUUUCAUGCAAUGAACAUGUACUUUCAAUCUCUAAUCAAGCAACAGUAUUGAUUUCAUUGAAUAAUAGCACUUUCAACUGCUAGGAUACACACGACGAACCAGUAUGGGUUUUUUUUCUCGUCAAGCAUGUCAAGGUUAUUUUGCUGCCAUAUAAAAAGUAAACGAGGUAAAGCUAAAGACUGCAUCCAUUUUCAAGCAUUUCUUUAAAAUUUUUGCCUGAGAUAAAAUAACAGAGGUAGGAAGGAGCAUGAAACAAACUAAGGUGGCCAUGUCCGAAUUAAACACAGUGGUUUGUUUUGGCUGCAGUCUUGUUUAGAUCUUCAAGUUUGUCAUGACUCUUUUUCAAAAACUGUAGGGAACACCCCCAGACAGUCACAUAAUCCUUAACGUCAAUAUAAUGGUGGUGUUAUAAUUUGGUAACAUCAUAUUUUGGUUUAUUUUUAUUUUCAUAAGAUAGAGACAAAGAAUGCCGGGAGUGGGUGUGUGUGUGUGACAUGCAGUAAGGGGUGGAGGUCAAGAGUUGUUUUAACUGGUAGGCAAACUGUUUUUUUAUUGUUUGAACAGCCCUCUAACAAAGCCAAACACCCUUGUGCUAAUCGUAAUCAGUCCUUUCCUUAAUAAUGCCGUUCAAGUGACGUUUUCUGAAGUCGACUUUAUCUUGUUUUCAUCCACAUAAUCCAUGGGAAAAAUAUAGUAAUUGAAAAGAUCAUGUUAAUUAUUCCAUGAUUUUAAAUUAUUUAAAUGUAUCAGAUACACCAGUGCACACACAGGUGGCGCCGGCCCAUGUUAAAAUCCGAUCUGCCGCCCAGGUUACACCCAAAAAUCGUCAACUAUAAUUGGCUAUUUGCCUCAUUAAAAAUAACUAUUUGGUAAAUGUAAACAGGCUGGCAGCAAGUUUUUUUGUGUUUAAAUGAAACACAUUUUUUUGGCUGUAGUGCCCUCAAUUGUUACUUUUGACACGAUCUAUUUUUAGUUGUAUUUUUGUGCAUUUUCAUUCAAAUGGCAUGACAGCUGAAGAUUGACAGGAAAUGUGGGGGGUAGUGAGUGAAGUUUGACAUGCAGCAGUUGUGGCCUGCUGUCAAAAAGGGUAGACACACUCCUGCUUAUAAAUGAGGUUAGAACCACAAAAAUAACUUUAAACAAAGCGAACACAGAAAAGCAGCAUAUACAAAAAGAAAUGACAAUCUGGUAUAGUUUAAGCGUAGCGACGAUUAGAUUGAAUGCACAUACAGAGAAUCUGUGAUACUGAUAGAAAGUUGAUAUUUCUCUUCAGAUAACAGUGUAUGAAGUCAUUUGAAUAUCUCACUUGGUGACUGCAUCCUGACACUGAUUUUCUGGUUGUUUUUUUUCACAUCACUGUCGCCUAUAUCUAUCCAGAUGUCCGUGGUUCUGAGUCUGCGUUACCUGCAAACAGCAGUGGAGGGUUCCUUGGCCCUUGAAGACCCAGAAGGUGACAGUGAGGGUUAUAUCCUGGAGAAGGGCCUGAAAGAAACCUUUGAGGACCUUAAAGUUAAAGUCCUCACCUUCCUAAAGUUUGGCCAGGUUGACCCAAGCACCGCACAAGAUUCCCCUGAAGCUUCAGACCCUGAGAAAGCAUCCGACAACACCACGGGGAAAGCUGCUUCUACUACUCCUGCUAGUUAGAGGAAUAAUAACCAAAACAUGAGCUGAGAUGAAGGGUUGAUCAGGGAGGGAGACGAUCAAGUUUUUUGGUUGGUAGAAAAACACCUGUUGAUUUUUACAUGUUAGGCAUGGUAUACGAUCCACCAAUUCAGCAGCUACCUCCCUUGCAGAAAGCCAAAACAAGGCAUGAAUCAGGUUCUGCACAGACACCAAACAAACACCUUUUUGGUGCAGGACCACAUGAGUAGAACCUUUUCUCAUGAGUAGAGAAAAAUAACUUUGUUUUGAAAGUGUAGUGUUUAUACAAGAAGUUUUGCAAAGUCAAUAUCACCUGAUGAAGAUACUGAUCCCAUUUGCUCAGUAGAUUAUUUAAGUCACAGUUUUAGAGUUUGUUAUACCCUGUCAUAAAAAGCUUAGGGAUGUGUUUGUAUACUAACCAACAUGAUUUACAUAUUAAAGGUAGAGUUUUUAACUGCU